AUGUCUGAAGAGAUAAAGAAAAUAAAGAAUAGUUCACUAGAGCUUAGUAUAGAACAAGAAAUAGACAGCAUCUUUGAAGGAUCUGUUAUAUGUGAUCAUUCAUUGAGAAUUGGUGGAUUGUGUGCUAACUGUGGUGAAUCUAUAAGAAAUGAUCAAAAGUUAGCUACUUUUGAUCAUACAAAUGAUGCGAUCUUAUUAACACAAGAAUUUGCAGAAGAAGAAAGUUUUAAACUGGCCAAUGAAGUGCAUAAUAACAAAAAAAUGGUUCUAUUAUUAGAUUUAGAUCAGACUUUGCUACACACAAAGGUAGUAAGUAAAUAUGAUUUGCACAACAAACUAUCAAUAGUAUACAAUCAUAAAUUUGUUUUAGGUCAUGAUAUUCACUAUGUAAAAUAUAGACCUUAUUUGUUUUCAUUUUUAAACAAAUUAUCGAAAUUAUAUGAACUACAUGUAUACACCAUGGGGACAAGAUUAUAUGCACAAGCAAUACUAGCCCAUAUGGACCCAGAAAAAAAAUAUUUUGGCAAUAGAGUAGUAACUAGAACAGAAAAUCUUAGAACAUUAUACAAGUCAAUAAAAAGAAUCACAACGGUUGAUAAAAACGUAUUAUCAUUGGAUGAUAGAUUAGAUGUUUGGAAUUUUAUACCUAACACUAUAGUAAUUAAACCUUUUUACUACUAUAAUAGAAUUGAUAUUAAUGACCCUAAUAUAAUACUAUGGGGUGUAGAAGUAAGUGGAGAAAAUGAAAAAGAAAAAGAAAUGAUUAAAGAAAUAACAGAAAAAAUAAAAAACGAAAAUUUAUUAAAAAUAAAAGAAGAUUAUAAUGAAUUAAUGAUAAAAGAUAUUAAUAGCAAAAUUAAAAUAAACGGUGAAAUAAAAACAGAGGAUGAUUUGAAUAAAGAGAUGCCAAAAAGAGACAAAGAGUUGUGUAAAAUAUACAAGUUGUUUAAAAAUAUUCACAGAUCAUUUUUUGGUCAAAAUUUAGAGUUAAAAGAUACUUUGCAUAUAAAAAAUUUUGUCAAACUUAAAAUAUUUAAAGGAUACGUGUUUAAUUGUUCAUUAUUAUUAGAACCUUUUAUUUUAUUCAUGGGUGGUACUGUGACACAUGGAUUUGAGAAACAUGGAGAUAAAAAUAUUUUUGUAAUACAAAAUGAACUGAUAGCUAAAUCCCUUAACACAGUAAGUUUAUCACAAAAUUGGAUAUAUGAUUGUCUUUAUGAAAGAAAAUUUCUUGAUAUAACAAAGUAUAUUUUAAAAGACUACAGAUUGUAA